CCCUGGCAGGAGCCGCACCUCGGACAGCAGCAGCGGCGGCCGCGGGAGGGUUGGUGUGGCGCGGGGCGGUGGGGUCCUGUGUGGAGAGUGGGGCGCGACUCCGAGACCGCGGGCGGAGGCUGCGCACAGCCGGAUCCCGCGCCCACCGACGCGACCCGCGGGUCCGCCAGGGUUCAAGCCGCCGGAGAGCGACUCGGGAACAAGUGUGCGAGAGGAAGCGGCGGCGGCGACGCCGGGCCCGGGGGUGGUGACAGCAGGUCUAAGGGAGAAGAAUCUCUGUACCCAUUAAGCACUAACUCAGCAUUCCCCUACUUUGCCAAGAUAAUUCUUUUCCAGUCUGUAAGGAGAGUUGCAUGGUAGGAAUAGAGGGUUGAGGAAAAUUGGCAUUGUACUAGUCCUAACUAUGUGACUUUGAAAAAAGGUGCACCAUAAGUACAAAAUACUAAAGUUAUAGAAGAAAAAAGAAGAUUGCUGCUAACAUGAAUCUAAACAAUACAUUGCAUUUUGUGCCACAUACAAAAAGGUACUGAAGAUUUUUUUAAAGCUGUCAAUGAGAGAUACGGUUGACUGGGACAUCAAAACACAACGCACUUGCAGUACCGGGCAUCAUGCGUAAAGGGGUGCCGAAGGACCCAGAGAUUGCUGAUCUGUUCUAUAAGGAUGAUCCUGAAGAACUUUUUAUUGGUCUGCAUGAAAUUGGACAUGGAAGUUUUGGAGCAGUUUAUUUUGCCACAAAUGCUCACACCAAUGAGGUGGUGGCAGUUAAGAAAAUGUCCUAUAGUGGGAAACAGACACAUGAGAAAUGGCAAGAUAUUCUUAAAGAAGUUAAAUUUUUACGACAGUUGAAGCAUCCUAAUACCAUUGAGUACAAAGGGUGUUAUUUGAAAGAGCACACUGCUUGGUUGGUGAUGGAAUAUUGCUUAGGCUCAGCAUCUGAUUUGUUAGAAGUUCAUAAGAAACCACUUCAGGAAGUGGAGAUCGCUGCCGUUACUCAUGGUGCCUUGCAGGGACUAGCCUACCUACAUUCUCAUGCAUUGAUUCAUAGAGAUAUUAAAGCAGGAAAUAUUCUCCUAACAGAACCAGGACAGGUGAAACUGGCUGAUUUUGGAUCUGCCUCAAUGGCUUCUCCUGCCAACUCCUUCGUAGGCACACCUUACUGGAUGGCUCCGGAAGUGAUCUUAGCUAUGGAUGAAGGACAGUAUGACGGGAAGGUUGAUGUUUGGUCACUAGGUAUCACCUGUAUUGAAUUGGCGGAACGGAAGCCCCCCCUUUUCAAUAUGAAUGCAAUGAGUGCCUUAUAUCACAUCGCCCAGAACGACUCCCCAACGCUACAGUCCAGUGAAUGGACAGACUCCUUUAGAAGAUUUGUUGAUUACUGCUUGCAGAAAAUACCUCAGGAAAGGCCAACAUCAGCGGAACUAUUACGGCACGACUUUGUUCGACGAGAACGGCCACCACGCGUCCUCAUUGACCUCAUACAGCGGACAAAAGAUGCUGUCCGCGAGCUCGAUAACCUACAGUACCGAAAAAUGAAAAAAAUCCUUUUCCAAGAGACACGAAAUGGACCCUUGAACGAGUCCCAGGAGGAUGAAGAAGACAGCGAACAUGGGACCAGCCUGAACAGGGAAGUGGACAGUUUGGGCAGCAACCACUCCAUCCCAAGCAUGUCGGUGAGCACGGGCAGCCAGAGCAGCAGUGUGAACAGCAUGCAGGAGGUCAUGGACGAGAGCAGCUCUGAACUCGUCAUGAUGCACGACGACGAAAGCACGGUGAAUUCCAGCUCCUCUGUUGUGCACAAGAAGGAUCAUGUAUUCAUAAGGGAUGAGGCGGGCCACGGCGAUCCCAGGCCUGAGCCGCGGCCUACCCAGUCAGUUCAGAGCCAGGCCCUCCACUACCGGAACAGAGAGCGCUUCGCCACGAUCAAAUCAGCAUCUUUGGUUACACGGCAGAUCCAUGAGCAUGAGCAGGAGAACGAGUUGCGGGAACAGAUGUCAGGUUAUAAGCGGAUGCGGCGCCAGCACCAGAAGCAGCUGAUCGCCCUGGAGAACAAGCUGAAGGCUGAGAUGGACGAGCACCGCCUCAAGCUUCAGAAGGAGGUGGAGACGCAUGCCAACAACUCGUCCAUCGAGCUGGAGAAGCUGGCCAAGAAGCAAGUGGCUAUCAUAGAAAAGGAGGCAAAGGUAGCUGCAGCAGAUGAGAAGAAGUUUCAGCAACAGAUCUUGGCCCAGCAGAAGAAAGAUUUGACAACUUUCUUAGAAAGUCAGAAGAAGCAGUAUAAGAUUUGUAAGGAAAAAAUAAAAGAGGAAAUGAAUGAGGACCAUAGCACACCCAAGAAAGAAAAGCAAGAGCGGAUAUCCAAGCAUAAGGAAAACUUGCAGCACACGCAGGCUGAAGAGGAAGCCCACCUUCUCACUCAACAGAGACUGUACUACGACAAAAACUGUCGUUUCUUCAAGCGGAAAAUAAUGACCAAGCGGCACGAGGUGGAGCAGCAGAACAUUCGGGAGGAACUAAAUAAAAAGCGGACCCAGAAGGAGAUGGAGCACGCCAUGCUGAUCCGACACGACGAGUCCACCCGAGAGCUGGAAUACAGGCAGCUGCACACACUGCAGAAGCUCCGCAUGGAUCUGAUCCGGCUACAGCACCAGACUGAACUGGAAAACCAGCUGGAGUACAAUAAGAGGCGGGAACGGGAACUGCACAGGAAGCAUGUCAUGGAACUUCGGCAGCAGCCAAAAAACUUAAAGGCCAUGGAAAUGCAAAUUAAAAAACAGUUUCAGGACACUUGCAAAGUACAGACCAAACAGUAUAAAGCACUCAAGAAUCACCAGUUGGAAGUUACUCCAAAGAAUGAGCACAAAACAAUCUUAAAGACACUGAAAGAUGAGCAGACGAGAAAACUUGCCAUUUUGGCAGAGCAGUAUGAACAGAGUAUAAAUGAAAUGAUGGCUUCUCAAGCGUUGCGGCUAGAUGAGGCCCAAGAAGCAGAAUGCCAGGCCUUGAGGCUGCAGCUCCAGCAGGAGAUGGAGCUGCUCAACGCCUACCAGAGCAAGAUCAAGAUGCAGACGGAGGCGCAGCACGAGCGCGAGCUCCAGAAGCUGGAGCAGAGGGUGUCUCUGCGCAGAGCGCACCUCGAGCAGAAGAUUGAAGAGGAGCUGGCUGCCCUGCAGAAGGAGCGCAGCGAGAGAAUCAAGUACCUCCUGGAAAGGCAAGAGCGGGAGAUCGAGACUUUUGACGUGGAGAGCCUCAGAAUGGGGUUUGGGAAUUUGGUCACAUUAGAUUUUCCUAAGGAGGACUAUAGAUGAGAUUAAAUUUUUUGCCAUUUACAAAAAAACAAAAAAAAGAAAACAGAAAAAAAUUCAGACCCUGCAAAACCACAUUCCCCAUUUUAACGGGCGUCGCUCUCACUCUCUCUUACUCUUACUGACAUCGUGUCGGACUAGUGCCUGUUUAUUCUUACUCCAUCAGGGGCCCCUUCCUCCCCCCGUGUCAACUUCAGUGCUGGCCAGAGCCUGGCCGUCUCUUCUACUCAUAGUACACGUCACAGUGUUGAUGUGAUUCAAAAUGUUUCAGUGAAAACUAAGGAGACAGUUUUAACAAAACCAAUAAACCAACAACUAAAAAGUGGAUGUAUAUUGCUUUAAGCAAUCACUCAUUACCACCAAUCUGUGAAAGUAAAGCAAAAAAUAAUAAUAUAAUAAUAAUAAUAAAUGCCAAGGGGGAGAGAGACACAAUAUCCGCAGCCUUACACCUUAACUAGCUGCUGCAUUAUUUUAUUUUAUUUUAUUUUUUUGGUAUUUAUUCAUCAGGAAUAAAAAAAAAAAAAACAAAGUUUUAUUAAAGAUUGAAAAUUUGAUACAUUUUA